AGACCAUGGCGUCGUUGUGCCCCAAUUUCUCGUGCUCUCGGCUGCGAUUUCCAGCUCGAAGGAGAAGAGGGACGAUUCCCGUGGCAGCGAUUGCGCAGCAGCAGCCGCCAGCAGAUAGGCUCUCAGCGCAGGAAUUCUUUGAGGCAUUCUUGCGCAGCCGCAGAGGGAAUGUGGAUUUUAUUUCCAGAGCGUCGGAUAUAUUGUGGAAGAAGGAGCUCCAGGAAGAGGAUGAGGCCAAGCUGGAACAAAUCAGGACUCGUCUUGCAGAGAAACAAAAGAUGGACGAUGAUUCUUCCGAGGGUGGUGGAUUUCUAAGGUUAAGUCAGGCCAAGAAUUGGAGUUUGGGCCUGGAUUCUACUGCUCCUGCGAAUUAUAACCAGAAGCUACUCGAAGCUGAGAAGGAAAGAGAUGAUUUUCGUCGUAAAUGCCUGCUGGAUUACGAAGCAUUGAAACGGGAGCUUUCACUCGUAACACUUGGCGUUGGACUCGUGACUGGUGUCUAUUGUCUCGCUUUUUUAUCAACCGAGACUGCUGUCAGCUAUGAAAUUGGUGUGUUUGGAAGCUGGGUCUACUUGCAAUUGCUUGCUAAUCAAGUUGACAAGACGUCGGAACUGACGGUGCCACAGAUUUUCACACAAAGGAAGAGAAGAAAGACGAUUGGAUUCACUAGCAAUGACCUCAGAGACUCCGUGGAGAAGAACUUGCAAGGCAUUCGUUUUGCUCUAUCGUCCCCACGGUUGCUACUGGUGGUUGCGUUUUAUGGAGUAUGGCUGGGCUCUUCUCAGUUAGGCCAAGAUCUUCCCUUCAAACUGGAGAUUGCUCCCAUGCUGCUCGGCUUUUUUGCUUAUAAAGCUGCUGCUCUUGUCCAAGCCUAUCGUGACAACAAGGACCUCCUCAUCACAUUUCCAGCCAACAGCAGUGACAAAGAAGAGCUCGACAGAGAAGAUGGCUAUUAAAUUCGUCGCCAGAACCACGUAGAUGAGAGUCAAGAGAAGCUACUGCACGUCCACUCGAGAGACCCAAGACUACUUCGCCAAACUCCUUCGGAGCUGCUGCGUCACGAAAAAUGUCUCCAUGGCC